AUAUUUGUUACAUGUUCCAUGAGAAGAAAACAUGUCAUUUGUCAUUUGAUUUUAUAUAAAAUAUUACAAUUUUUAAAAAUUCAAAAUUCUGCAAAAAUGUAAGCAAUGAAAAUACCAAUUUUUCUCACAAAGAUAUUUAAAUUUAAACGAAAAUUAGAAAUCAAUAUUCAGUGAUGCUGAAAACCAACAAAAUCCUUGAUGAAUUCACUCAUGUAAAACCUAUUUUUCAAAUCAAUGAAGAUUUAUCUAAAAUAUAUAAAUUGCAGAAAAAAACAUGAUUUUUUAAAAUUGUCUUCAGUAGAAUGGACAGAAACGAAAUUAUUUUCAGACUACAGGUUAUAGCACUAUUAGAUUCUUUUAGCUAUGGAUUAUUGUAUGUGUUUAUUUCUCCGUAUUUAAUGCACCUAGGAGGUGACCAAGUGACAAUUGGGAUAUUCACCGUGUUGACGUUAAUGUUUCAACUGAUGUCCAUUCACAUAGUUAGUGAUAUCGUCAAUGUUCAAGGACAAAAGGCAGCUCUAAUUAACAUUUUCAACAUUGCCGCUUUAAGCCAUGCUCUACUAUUUUUGACGUCUAGUACUUGUAGCAUUAUAAUGGCGAGAUGUCUCUUUUCUUCCACGAAUCAAUCCACUAAUUUGAUUAAGGAUUACAUAAUCAAAAAUCUUCCACCUGACCGCAAAGAAUAUCACAUGAACGUUUAUAACAUUCUGCAUUCUUCCGGUUUCGUUAUCGGACCUGCAAUAACCGGCGCUUUAUUCGACAUAAGCUUUACCAUUAGCUGUUUCAUUGCUUCUGUGCUGACGAUCAUCAAUAUUUGGCUUUUAGCUACAGUUCCACUCUUAGAUAACCCUCCUUCAGAACCCAGUGAUGUUCCAGCUGUUAGAAGAGUCCGGCAAACUGUCGAACGCAGUGUAGUUGAACUAUUGCAUCCUCACAGCAUAAUUAACUGGGACGUGUUGGUCCUCCAAUAUCUCUUCAGCGCAAGCGUUAUAAUAUUUUCGACCAAAUAUUCUCCGGUUUUGAAACACAACUAUAACACCAAUCAUACCGAAAUCGGUUUGGUAACCGCAUACAUGAAUAUAGUGAUCUUUGCGGGUAUUGAAGCUUGUCAUGAUUUGAUGGAAAGGGCCAAGGCUAGUCGCUAUUCACCAACUUUGAUUAUAAACGCGAUGUGUAGUAUACUGUUUACGUCAUCGAUUCUGGCCCUUUACUCACCGGUUUUGGGGCUGUUCUGUUUGAUGUGUAUCCCAGUUACAUUUUCCAGAAUUAUGAUCGUUGAUACAUGGAACGCGUUCAUUACAGAAAGGGGAAAUCCUAACCUCACUAAAGCAUCGGAGUCCGCUAAUAUUUUGGCCGGGCUUACAGUACCGCUCAUUUUUGGCGUUGUGGCUAACAGAAUUGGACAUAGAGCUGUGAUUAUAUUUUCGAUCUUUCCAGUUUUGUUGAUGUUGAUGAUUGUGAAUAUGGUUACUGUUACUCGCGCUCCGAGCUUGGUUCAGGACCAGCGUCACUUAGAUCCAAACCAACCUAAUGAAUGUUCGUGUGUCACUAAUUCGCGCGUAGCUGCUUCAAGCGCUGCCACUUCGAGAAAUGAUCCUCCCCAACGCCAGCAACGAAGAGUUGAAGAUUCAAGCACUCGAAGCAGUUCUCCAGUACAAAGAAGAAUGCCUGAGGAAAAUAAAUGUAAAUCGUGCAGCUGUAAAGCUUGCCCAAAGGUAUUUAAGAGUACGGGUUGCGAUGCGAUGCAGUGAGACAAAAGCGAUGGUGUGAUGUUUUUGUUAUUGUUUUGCCUUUUGACUAAUAAAGUAUAUAUUUGCUGUUUAA